AUGUCGGGGCGAUUGGUCAAAUGGGCAAUCGAGUUAAAAGGGUCAGGCCGUCGCCGAUUUCAUCUCCGAGCUGCACUAUCGGAAACAUCCUUUCCGAACUCUAUCCUUACUACACCGGAGAAAGUGGAUGCCGAACGCUUUGACAAUUCCCUUCCUCUCUGGAUUCUGCACGUGGAUGGCUCGGCAAACCAGCAAGGCUAUGGUGCCGGCUUAGUGUUAACCACUCCGGAUGGUAGCAAAGUCGAAUAUGCCCUCCGAUUCAACUUCCGGACCUCUAAUAACGAGGCAGAGUAUGAGGCUCUCUUGGCCGGCCUUCGGCUAGCUAAGAGCAUGAGCAUGAAGCAAAUCAGCAUUCACAGUGACUCCCAGCUCAUUGUAAAUCAAAUAAAGGCAGACUCUGCAGCCAAGGAUGCCUCUAUGUUAGCUUACCUAUCGGCGGCCCACCAACUACUGCAGAAAUUCCAGGCCUACGAGAUACGACAGAUCCCGAGGUCAGAAAACAGCCACGCCGAUGCGCUUUCGCGAUUGGCUUCGGCAAUAAACGACAAGAUCGGAAGAAAGGUACCGGUGGAGAUACUGUCCUAG